AUGCAAGAGGAGGAGGACAAUGAGGAGUUGGUGGGGGAAGAGAAGUGGGAUUGGGCAGAGGAAGAGAAGGAGAACGUUACUUCAUUCCACAUUUCUAUCAGAUUCAAUGAGGAAGCUAGAAACCAAACAGAUGUAGCAAACUUCUUUCUUCUUGGAAUGACGGAUGAUCCAGCUCUUCAUCUGCUCAUCUUCAGCCUGUUCCUGUCCCUGUACCUCGUCACCAUCCUGGGAAACCUGCUCAUCAUCCUGGCCAUCAGCUCUGACUCCCACCUCCACACCCCCAUGUACUUCUUCCUCUCCAACCUGUCCCUCACUGACAUCUGUAUGAGCACUACCACGAUCCCAAAGAUGCUGGUGAACACCGGAGCCCAGGAUCCGAGCAUCACUUACUCAGGUUGCCUCACUCAGGCCUGCUUUGUUUUGUUUUUUGCUGGCCUGGAGAAUUGUCUCCUUGCAGCCAUGGCUUAUGAUCGGUAUGUGGCCAUUUGUCAUCCACUGAAAUACACAGUCAUCAUGAACCCUCACCUCUGUGAUGCACUGGUGCUACUUUCCCUGCCCAUUAGUGCUGCAAAUGCCCUCUUGCUUGCUCUGAUGGCCCUGAGGCUGACCUUCUGUGCAGAUCUGGGGAUCCCCCUCUUCUUCUGUGAACUUGCUCAAAUCAUCAAACUUGCCUGUUCUGAUACCCUCAUCAAUAACAUCCUCAUCUAUGUUGCAGCUUUCAUAUUUGGUGGUCUUCCUGUCUCUGGAAUUGUUUUCUCUUAUGCUCAAAUUGUAUCCUCUGUUUUGAGGAUUCCAUCUGCUAGAGCAAAGUAUAAAGCCUUUUCAACCUGUGGAUCUCACCUGACAGUGGUCUUCCUGUUCUAUGGGACAGGGUUAGGUGUCUACAUCAGUUCUGCAAUGACUGACUCCUCCAGGAAAGCUGCUAUGGCUUCAGUGAUGUAUUCUGUGGUGCCUCAAAUAGUUAACCCUUUUAUUUACAGCUUGAGGAACAAAGACAUGAAAGGAGCAUUGAGGAGGCUCUUCGUAAGGCUGUCUUCUAUUCUUUAA